AUGGAUGUAAAUAAAUUUAGAAAAAUUAUAACAUUGCUUCUAAAAAUUAUGAAUAAUUAUCCAUCAUUGUUUUUACUUGCUACGCAUUUGUUGGAUGGCGAAGAAGCUAACCGAUUGUCUGCUCAAGGAAUUCUAGAUUUUCUAACUUCAAAAUGUCGUAUUAUAAACAAAAAUAGAACAUUUGAAAAUUUUUUGGAAUUUGGAUUUAAGACAAAAAAGGUUGAACCUAUGACAGAAGAACCUGAGAUAAAGCUUAAGAGUUUAUUAGAAUAUGAAGGUAUGACUGAAAAAUAUAAGAGUUUGCUUAGAGAAGGUCAACAAAAAUUAUUAAAUCUUGAAGUGGAUCAAAAUGAAAAUCUGGAAGACUGUGAUCGACAUUUCUAAUUGUUUUGAAAUACAAAAUUUUGUUUUGUUAUGUACAUAUUUUACCUUAUGUAUUUUUAACAUGGUUACCAUAAAAAACGGUAUUCUUGUCUUAAGACAGAAUACGGAAGCUUUUAAAAAACAUAAAUCCUGGGACCCGGUUUCAGCUAAAUUUGAUCAUCAGUUAUUCAAUUCACGUUUUCCUUGUCACCCUUUUGAUUUAAUGUUUGUAUUGUAUAUUUUUAUGAAAUUUUUUAAUUUUAAAAUUUUGCCGUUCAUU